CGGCGCAUGUGGCAGGCGUGGCUGUCAUUUGGAGACUGCCGCCGACGCCAUAGGGAUAUUUUGCAUCGCGCUGGACGACUGACCGUCCAAAAGUGGUGGCUACGGUGGCAAUGUGGGGUCAAGGCCAAGGUCUUUGCCAAAGAGCGCCGUGCUGUGGCAGCCCAGCAUUUCAUCCGAGUCGUCUUAGCCAGGACUUUACAGCAUUGGCAGCACGGUGUCGCAGCUAUGCAUGCCAUCGAUCUGUUUUGCCAGAAUUUUUCACGCCACACCGUGUUGGCCAGGACGUGGCACGCACUUGACGCGAUGCUCCGUCGCCGCGACGAGCAACUUCGCCACAUGUCGUGGUUUCGAGCGCGCCGACGUUUGUCUCUGUGGAUCGAGCGAUCGCUACACACAAAGAAGCGCCUGCGUCGGCUGGAGCACAUGACCCACACGGCGUGGACAGCCAUGCGACGUGUUCGUGGCUGGAUCGAGUGGCGCCAGGCACUUGCAGCCCGCCAGCGAAUCCAUGCUGUCGAUGGGAUUUACACCGAUCGCCUUCUGUUCAAACUCGUCGCGCACUGGAAAGUGUUUGUGAAGCGCACGCACCGCGUGCGGCAGUACAUAGCGGCUACCCACAGCAAGCGUGCAGCACAGCGGAAAAGCCUUUGGUUUCGUGCGUGGAAACGACAAGUCGUCGACAAGCAGCGCCAGAGCCUGCGCGUAACCUACUUGCGCGACCAGCACAACGUCAUGUCGAAGCGGCGAGUCCUGGUGGCGAUAGACACGUAUCGACGGUGGCAGCAGCGGCAACGCUAUUGUAUGCAACUGGCCCAGCGCCACUAUGACCGGUUGCAGCGCACGCGGCACCUCCCCCUUGCGCUGUUUGAGUGGCUCGCAGUUCUCGAAGACGCCCACGCUCUGCAGCACUUGUGGAUGGCGCAAUAUCGCGAGAUUCAUCGUAAAUGGACGCGAAAGCUUGUCAUGCGACUGUGGCGGGAUGUUGCGACGGGCCAAAAGAAAGCUCGCGAGUGCGCUAUCCGUCAACUCAAGGCACGCGCCGCGAGCUUGCUGCGCGCAUGGAAAUCGUACACUGUCGCCCAGCACGUCCGCCGUGCGCACUUGUAUGUGGUGCAGCAAGAUCAGGAGCACCGGCGCCUGUGCUUUGCAUGGAUGGAAUGGCGAAACCUCACAUGCAGACUACGUGCGGCGAGAAACGAAUGCCGGGAGCGGUACAUGCGGUAUCGCCUCGUGGGCCUACUAGCAUGCUUUGUCGCGUGGGUGAGGCGAUAUCAAAGCCGGCGUACGUUAUGGCAGCAAGCAGUCGCGUUUCGCUUAAUAACUCUGCGGAGAGCUUGCGUCUUGGUGUGGGCGCGGUGGCGAGGGGUGUUUGCCCACCGACAAGCACGGCAAGAGCGAAUUCUAGCCAUGGCCCGCUUCCACGAGCAUCAGCACAUGCGGCACCAUUUGAAGGCUUGGAAGUGGCGAACGUGGGCCACGGGUCAAGUGGUGCAGCGCCGUCUACUUCGAACAAUGGAGCUUGGCCGAAGAGCGUGGCAGUAUUGGGCCAACGCGUCGUCGCGGCAGCGCUAUAUUCGUCAAAUCCUAGCCAUUCAAUGCAAGGAAGUGUAUCGUCGCCAGCUCCAUCAGGGGGUGCGGCAGUGGAGCGCCCACUUCAGCCAAGCGCAGCAGCUCCAAGCAUGGCAAGGCCACAUGGUACGCCUGGCGGCGUCCAGACGUUGGUACUUUCAAUGGCGCGCGCUCUUUGAACAUCGCCAAAUGACGUUGCAAGGCAUUCACUCCCGUCGCCUUCACGUCAAGCGGAAGUGCUGGGUGCUGUGGAAGUGUCUGGUCGCUCAGUGCCGCGCCACCAAGCGGGCCAUGACUGGUGCCGCCACUUGGCAUCGGCACCAUGUACAGCACAACGUGUGGCUGCAAUGGCAUACCUACCAUACAUGGCGCACCGAACGCACCAAGCAGUAUCGUCGCGCCACGCUACACUUCGAGCGCCAUCGCUGCAAAGCCGCCGUGGCCAAGCUCCAUGACCUGUGGUACUUCAACACGUUGAUGCUGUCCGUCCAUCAGCACGUGGCCCGGCAGCACGUUGUUGCGUGGGCAGCGCUCGUGAGACUCAACACGUUUCGACGGCAGCGGGCCACCGCAUCGUUGGUGCACAUGCAUCAGUGGCACGUCCGCCGUCGAAUUGCGUCAUGGCACAAUCAGGUUUCACUGAAGCGAGAUCUGCGGCAUCGAUUGUAUGUCGGUAGCCGCCGCCGCCGGCAGAAUGUGCUCGUGCAGGUGUGGCGAGUGUGGCAACAACAUGACACUGCACGACAAGGCUACAGCGGCAUGCAGGCCGGCCAACGCCGCGGACUUCGGUCUUGGCGCAGGUUUGUGCAAACCAAGCGCUACGGCCAUCACGUAGCUGCAAUCGCUGCAAAGCACCAUCGUGGUGUCACCCUUGCGGAAGGGUGGCGAGCGUGGCGCCGGCACUACCACCUGCAACAAAUAGCCGCUCACGUGAUAUUUCACCGCCGCGCCACGUGGUGGGGACAAUGGGUGAAGGUGCUGUACGCCCAGCGGCUCUGCACACGCGUCGAGUUUACACGGGUGGCGAGGUUGUUUCGGGGCUGGAACGCUGUCGUUCGACUCACGAUGCUUGCUCGAGUGGGGUUGUGCUGCGUCCUAGAGCGUGCAAUCAUGUCCAAAGUGCUGCGGCGUUGGAAGGUGGCGGCCACUCAACGCUACAAGGUUCGCGUGGCAGUGCUAAGAUGCAAUCGCGAGGUCGUGCGGAGUGUGUUUCAAGCGUGGUUCCAAGGCGUGACCGUGCGCUGGCUACGGCGAUACCACGCCACGCGGCGGUGUCGAGCCUUGGCUCGCACGUUCUUGCGGCGGUGGUUUCACGCGGUGGGCCUUGUCCGAAUGCAGACGAAGCAACAGCAGCGGGUGCGCCGGACGGUGUUUGACACGUGGGUGGGGGUCACCUUCGUCCGUCAAGUCAUGUCAACGAUGGCGGCGCGACGCCAUAGGAGAUGGAUGUGGCUUGUCGUAUGGCGGUGGAAGCACGUUGUCACGGUCCAGCAGUGGAUUCGACGUGCGCAGCUACGACGCGUCCGAAAUGUGUGGACGGCGUGGUUUGCCAUUGCUCAAGAACGGGCGACCCAAAUUCGCACGUACAACCAGCUGUGCCGCGUCCUCGAGCGCGAGCACGUCAUUGAGCGGUCGCUCGCGUUUGAACAAACGAUGCGGAUGAAAAACGACCUGCGCAGCGACCGCGACCUCAUGAAACGUGUCGUCCGGCGGUGGCAUCACAACGUGAUGGCGUCCAAGCAGUUGCCCGCUUAUUAA